GAUCUUAUUGGGUGUGUCCUCCCCUUUAAGAUUCCGUAGUUGCUAUCCAGGCGCGGAUUGCGGCGCGGAAACUAAACUAUAGUACAGGAGUUGACAGUUACGUUCUGAAUAUUACUGGAAAAAAAACCCCCAACAACCUGGCUGGAUUAUUGAAAACAUAGCUGUCAAGCUUUCGUGCAUCGGCAGAUAUUAACAAGACCUUAAGAAACUAGAGUUUGCAUAACUUAUUAAUCAAUUACAGUAUAUACAUAUGUAGGUAUAAACACAAGGUAAACACAACAAGCCGAGUAGUUAUUCAAAGAAAGCACUUGACUGCUUGAACCAACUGCUUCGUCGAUAUAAAAAAAUACAUUUGUAGUACAUAUUCUUUUUUUUAGGACUGCAAAUUUAAAACAUUUCUGGGAAAAUGAGUUCCGUAUUGGAGGAUCCAACUUUAGAAAGGCAUUUUAAAGGCCACCGAGACACCAUUACCAGUGUUGACUUGAACCCCAACAUGAAACAGAUUGCAACUGGCUCCAUGGAUUCCUGCCUGAUGGUGUGGAAUAUGAAAGCUCAGAUGAGAGCCUACAGGUUCGUGGGGCACAAAGACGCAGUGAUGUCAGUGCAGUUCUCUCCCUCAGGACACCUUGUAGCUUCGGCAUCCAGGGACAAAACGGUCCGCCUCUGGGUACCCAGCGUCAAAGGAGAAUCCACGGUAUUUAAAGCUCACACAGGAACAGUACGAAGUGUCAAUUUCUCCAGUGAUGGGCAGUCCUUAGUUACAGCAUCAGAUGACAAAACUGUCAAAGUAUGGGCAGUACAUCGGCAAAGGUUUCUCUUCUCACUCAAUCAACACAUCAAUUGGGUUCGCUGUGCCAAGUUUUCUCCUGACGGGCGACUAAUCGUCUCAGCAGGUGAUGACAAGACCAUUAAAAUCUGGGAUAAAACUAGCCGGGAUUGUAUUCACUCAUUUUAUGAGCAUGGAGGCUAUGUCAGUUAUGUAGAUUUCCACCCCAGCGGUACGUGCAUAGCUGCAGCCAGUUCAGAUAAUACAGUGAAAGUGUGGGAUAUUCGAAUGAACAAGCUGCUGCAACAUUACCAAGUGCACACUGCUGUGGUAAAUGGGCUGUCGUUCCAUCCGUCUGGAAACUAUCUCAUCACAGCGUCGAAUGACUCCACACUGAAAAUCUUGGAUUUACUGGAGGGAAGGCUACUGUACACACUCCAUGGCCAUCAGGGUCCAGCUACCUGUGUGGCCUUCUCCAGGGCUGGGGAUUACUUUGCUUCGGGUGGUUCCGAUGAACAGGUCAUGGUGUGGAAAACUAACUUUGACGCUGCAGAUUAUGAAGAGGUGCUGAGAUCCCAACAAAGAGCCACCAGUGUGAAUGGUGCAGUCCAAUCCGGGGAAAGACAGUCAAGGUCAUCGCUUCGGGCCUCUUCUAGGUCACGCGGAGCGGAGUCCUCAGAAGGAGUUGACUUCUCAGACAUUCCACUUUCCCAUGUUGAGAAAAGGAGUGUGAGCCAGACCCGUCCCUCACAGGUUCCCAAAGAUACCUCUGUCUCCUCUCCAACCUCACGACAGCAGCAGCCUCAGGACAACGGGGUUCCAGCAGCCCUGGCUAGCACCCUGGAACAUAUAGUGUGCCAGCUGGAUGUCCUUACCCAGGCUCAGCACAGCUGGACUCUGAGUCACUGGAAGGUCAGGCCUGCGUCGUCCUGCCGCGGAGACUUCAGCCAUCGGUCAGGACAGUGGCUAUACUUGAACAGAGACUGACUUUGACUGAAGACAAGCUCAGAGAGUGCAUUGACAACCAGCAGAUGAUCACACUACAGCUUCGUACUAGUAAAUAAACAUCCAGGAUCCUGAGUGUAUCAUUUACUUUACUGAAAGACAGAUCUGAGCUUUUUUUUUUACAUGUCUUGAUUUAAAGUUAUGUGUACAAUUUGAAAUAACCCUUUAGAGCCUGCUUAUAAAAACCAAUCAUUAGACAUUGUUUCUUGGCAACAUCAAAGUAAGGCGGAAUGGGGGCAUUUAUUUGAGUACCAUUAGAAUAGAGUUAAUCCUAGCUAAUUUAAUGUUGCAUGAAUUUAUUCUUGACAAUAGUUUUAAAUAAAUAUACAGUGGUGCCCAUAACAUUGUCUCAAAUACUUGCUGAUUUGUGGAUUAUUGAUUACAUUGCCCACAAUGAUUCUCUAUUGAGAAUCUGUACAGGGCUAAGUAAGUAAUCAGUCAAAGCUCAAGAGCAAAGGUGUUGGAUUCAGAUGACAACAGUACAGUCACUGAGUUAUUCCAAAAAGACUAUUCCUGUUUCUAAACUUUAAACUGGAAAUGUGUUGGUUUGGCUUAUAGAAAGGGUAUUCUUAUUUUCCAAGAGAAACAAAGUAUAAAUAAUGUUAUGUCUUAAUCCAGUUUAGUGUGUGUGAGCCCAGUUGAGCUCUAGCAAGUGAAUGUUUGUUUUCUGUUCCUUAAUUGAAGUGCUGUGUUCAACAUUGUGUCUUAUUAAACUAAACUAUAGAUAUCCUGUAUUUUUGUACAAAACUGUUUUGUGAGUUUUUUUUUUUUCUUUUAACAUUUUGCCAUUUUUGUACAAUUUUGUAGUUUCAAAAAUGAACACUCAUGACAUCAAAUAAAGAAAAGAAAAUGAGAAUGUGGUCU